CCUAAAUACUGCAGCUAGGCAUGCGUUUAAUCAGCAUAAAGCACCUGGUAAUUCUUAUUGGCCUCGCCAAUCUCACACUAGGUGCCAAAAUACUCAUUGGCUACCGAAGAGUGCAUAAGAAUGAAGCCGAAAUAAUCAACGAUCUUGGGAACAUCUUUCGUGACCCUACGUUUGACGAUCGUGCCAACCGCGAUGAUAAAGCCCAGAUUGGCAAUGGUGUUUACCUCUCUAUGAAACGAGACGGCUACGAUGCUCUGCCGAGCCACUGGUGGUGUUACGUCGAGGCGGAGAUGGGUCCACUCGCUAGGACGCCAAAAGUCUGGAUCAGUAAGUUCAUGUGGGAUAAACGUGAGACCAACAUCGAAGCCUACGUACAGGCUCGUCUGGAGGAUGGGGAAUCCGCCGAUUCAGCCAUACGAAUGUCCGAAACCAAAAACUUCCCCAAAGGCACUAUUCAGAUGCUAAUACCGACCUGGAUGGUUCGUCGUAACAUUCUGAAAACUUCUGCACAUUGUUAUGCAAAUGCACAAAACUUGCCUUAUCGAGGCGCUGUUUCGUUCGACGAUUGGGGUAAUUACCGUAAUAGAAAACCUACCUAGGAUGUAUCUAAUCUAUCAAAAUCAAAGGCACAUAUACUAGCUUUUAGUCCAGAUAAGUCAUACAAAGGGGACAUCUUGGUGCAUGGAAACGACGCUCUAUAGUGUGCGAUUGAUGGACCUGUUCAUGGAGCCUGGCAGGCAGAACGUAAUUAGU